AUGGCUCAAGAUAUCAAGGUUGAGAAUGGCCCCGAGCCUCAAUACUAUGACCAGGAGGAUGUGAAGAGCUCGCCUCCCUCGGCUCAGAUGGAUCCUUUUGGAGCUGAGGAUUCGGCUGAUGUCAAGUACAAGACGUUGACCUGGUGGCAAACCGGAAUUAUCAUGAUUGCCGAGACGGUCUCUCUCGGAGUCCUUUCCCUUCCAGCAGCAGUCGCUUCGAUCGGAAUGGCACCAGCGGUCGUCCUCAUCGUCGGCCUUGGUUUUAUCUCGACAUACUCCGGCUAUCUGAUCGGUCAAUUUCGGCAAAAAUAUCCUUUCAUCCACAGUAUGGCCGACGCAGGCGAAAUCCUGAUGGGCCAGGUUGGUCGCAACGUUCUCGAAUUGGGACAGCUGCUGUUCUUCCUUUUCGCCACGGGCAGCCAUCUUCUCACGUUUACGGUUAUGAUGAAUACCCUGACGGAACACGGCACGUGCUCGAUUGUUUUUGGCGUCGUCGGAUUGAUUCUUUCGUUUUUGCUUUCUCUACCCCGGACGAUGAAGAAUGUGUCGUGGCUGGCCAUGGCUUCGUUCAUCAGUAUUUUCGUGGCGGUUAUGGUCACCAUGAUCGGUGUUGGUGUUGAGCGCCCGGGUAAGGGUAUCUACUCUGUUACCCAGAAGACCGACUUUGUCAGUGGCUUUACUGCCGUGACCAACAUUGUUUUCGCUUACUGUGGUCAUCCUGGUUACUUUGGUUUCAUUGCCGAAAUGAAGAACCCCGAAGACUUCCCCAAGUCGCUCUGCUUGCAGCAAGGAUUCGAAAUCCUCCUCUACACUAUCUCCGCUGCCGUGAUCUACCGCUACGCUGGUGACGGUGUCGCCUCGCCCGCGCUGGGCUCGACUGGACCUAUCCUCCGCAAAGUCGCCUACGGUCUCGCUAUUCCUACAAUCGUCAUCGCAGGUGUCGUUUUGGGCCACGUGGCUAUCAAGACUAUCUAUGUUCGCAUUUUCCGUGGCACCAAUGUCAUGCACCAGCGCAGUUUUCUCGGUACGGGCGCUUGGAUUGGGUUGACUCUAGCAUUCUGGACGAUCUCGUGGGUUAUUGCCGAAGCGAUUCCCGUUUUCAGUGACCUGUUGAGUUUGAUUAGCGCCUUGUUCGUCAGCUGGUUUUCAUAUGGCCUCCCUGGCGUCUUCUGGCUCUACAUGUACUGGGGCGACUACUUUUCCUCCCCCAAGAAAAUCCUUCUCUGCCUCACCAACGUCGGCCUCGUCGCCAUCGGAACCACAAUCUGCGCCUGUGGUCUCUGGGUGUCCGGUCUUGCUAUUCACGAGGAUAGCAAGGGGGCAAAUGGCAGUUUCUCGUGCGCUAAUAAUGCAUAA